UGGUGGCCAAGUGUUGCAUUAUCUCAGUUUCUGUGCCUAAAAUUGUGGUGCUCUGAGCUGGGGUCCUUGGCCAUGAUGAUGAUCAGAUCAGUAAUAAAAAGUUGUUCCUUCUUUGUAUCAACGAUUUUGUUUCUUCUCUCCAUUUCGGAUUUGUUAGUGAAAAUCCAUGGCCUUGGUUUUGGAAUCAACUACGGACAGAUAGCCAACAAUUUACCUCUUCCAUCUCAAGUAGCUGUUCUUAUAAAAUCUUUGAAUGUGAGUAGGAUCAAACUGUAUGAUGCUGAUCCAAAUGUUUUGGUUGCCUUCUCAGAAUCCAAUGUGGAAUUCGUUAUAGGACUAGGAAAUGAGUACCUAGAGAACAUGACAGACCCUUCUAAAGCUCAAACUUGGAUUCAACAGCAUGUCCAACCUUACUUCUCACAGACCAAAAUCACUUGCAUCACUGUGGGAAAUGAGGUGUUCAAUAGCAAUGAUACUCAGCUAAUGUUGAACCUCCUUCCAGCAAUGCAAACUGUGCACGAUGCCCUUGUUAAUCUUGGACUAGAUCAGCAAGUUACUGUCACAACUGCUCAUUCCUUCAACAUAUUAUCCAAUUCCUACCCUCCUUCAUCUGGGGCUUUUAGGGAAGAUCUUGCACAAUAUAUACAACCCCUUCUUGAUUUUCAUGCUCAAAUCAACUCACCUUUCCUAAUUAAUGCAUACCCUUUCUUUACAUACAAAGACAACCCAGAUGUGGUUCCCUUAAACUAUGUUCUUUUUCAGCCAAAUCAAGGCACGGUUGAUCCAAAUACCAAUUUGCACUAUGACAACAUGUUAUAUGCUCAAAUUGAUGCUGUCUAUGCUGCCAUCAAACAAAUGGGGCAUGAUAACAUUCAAGUGAGGAUUUCUGAGACUGGUUGGCCUUCUAAUGGUGACCCUGAAGAGGUUGGAGCUACUCCACAGAAUGCAGAACUGUACAAUAGUAACUUGCUCAAGAGAAUAGAGCAGAAACAAGGCACUCCUGCAAAACCAUCUGUUACUAUUGAUAUUUAUGUCUUUGCACUUUUUAAUGAGGAUUUGAAACCCGGUCCAGCUUCAGAGAGAAACUAUGGCCUUUACUAUCCUAAUGGUACUCCAGUUUACAACAUUGGAUUGAAGGGUUAUCUUCCACAAAUGCCUAUGGCAGCUAAAUCCAAUAUUUUGUCAGUCAAUUUUUUUGUAUGCAUAGUUGUAAGCUUCAUCUUAGCUUUGGAGCUUUCAAGAUGGUGAUCAGAAGAGAAGUCUCAUAAGAAAACAGAGGAAUUUCCAUACGACAUAUCUUGUCAUACAAAGCUAUUAAGGGAGAAGGAAACUAAAUCAUCUCAACUUUCUUUUCAUUUGUCCAAGGAAAUGGAAGAUACAUCAUUGUUAAAAUCAUUCAUACACUUUUAU